UGGGCAAUAAUCGAAUCCUCUCCAUGCUCUUCUGGACGGCAAUUUUGACGUUGACGUCAACACAGCAAUGGCGGAUGCAGUGGAGGAAGUUCUUGAAGGCAGCUGGGAUCAGGAUCUGGCUGAGGCCCUGGACUCUGGAGGCUCUGACCUGGAGCUAGAGAUGGACAUACAGGGGGAGCUGGGGUUGGGGGGAGGGCUGGGGCUGGAUGGGGAAGAGGCCGGGGAGGUUAUUCGAGUCCAGGAGCUACCAGCCCAGCAGAGAGCCAAGCUGUGGAAGAUUGCGCUGAAUGUGGAAGGUAAAGGAGACAGUCUGUCCUCGUGGGAUGGAGUCCUGGAUCUUCCAGAACAGAACCUUAUACACACCCGCUGCCAGCAGCUCAUUGACCAGCUGGGGUGCGUGGCGGAGGAGGAGGGGCGUGACAUGGUGUCUGAUGUAGAGUCUGUCAUCACGUUCUACUGUAAGUCCCGAAACAUCACCUUCACCCCUGACCUCUCCUGGCCACACCUCCUCAAACCCCUGCUGGGCCUGCAGCUGCCCCGCUCCGAUCUCUACAACUGCUUCUACGCCAUCAUGAAUAAAUAUAUCCCACGGGACUGUGUAGUGAAGGGCCGUCCGUUCCACCUGUACAGACUGCUGCUUCAGUAUCAUGAACCAGAACUCUGCUCCUUCCUCGACACCAAGAAGAUCACCCCAGACUCCUACACUAUACACUGGCUCGGCAGUCUGUUCUCCAGUCACUGCCUACCAGAGGUGACUCAGGCCAUGUGGGACUUUUACCUCCAACAGGCUGACCCCUUCCUCAUCUUCUUCCUCCUGCUCAUCAUCCUCGUCAAUGCCAAAGAUAACAUCCUGCAACAAGAAGGGGACAGUAAAGAAGAUAUCAUUAAGAUGUUGGAGGACUCUCCUGCCCUGUUAGAGGCUGAUGAUAUAGAAGACCUGUUCUCUCUGGCCCAGUAUUACUGGAGCAAGACCCCUCUGUCUCUCAGAAAGGAGAACCAGAACUUGUUUGGGUCCAGCCUGGUGGCACUGAAGGAGGAAGACAUGGAUCUGAGUCAGGCUCUCUGUCUCCCUGUGUCUGUCCCUGAGAUACUGCAGGCCAACCAGCUGCAGCCUGUGAGUAACAGCACCCCUGAGGAAGGGGUUCGGUUCUUUGUGGUGGACUGUCGACCUGCUGAGCAGUACAACGCUGGACACCUCUCUACUGCCUUCCACCUGGACUCAGACUUGAUGCUGCAGAAUCCAUCAGAGUUCAGCCUAUCAGUGAAGUCCCUCCUGGAGGCCCAGAAACAGAGUCUAGAGUCUGGCUCCAUCGCUAGUGGAGAACACCUCUGCUUCAUGGGUUCAGGGAGGGAGGAGGAGGACAUGUACAUGAACAUGGUGCUGGCACACUUCCUACAGAAAAACAAAGAAUAUGUCAGUAUCGCUAAAGGUGGUUUUAUGGCCCUGCAGCAGCACCUAACAGACAUCAAUGUGGAGGGACCAGACAACUAUGUCCACUGGAUAGUCAGCACCUCUGGAUCAGCUGAAGGAGAGGCGUUGAGCACCACAGGGGAUAAAGGAGUCAAGUCUCUGGUCAACAAGAUGACCUUUGCCCUCAAGUCCAAGUCUGUCAUAGCGAAGGAGAAGAUGAUCAGCUUUAUGGAGAACACGGCUACACCUGUAGACAGAAUGUCUUUCACUCUCCCCUGGCCAGAGAAGGGGGUCCCUGACCGACAUGUGAGCAGUAGUGACCGGGUUGGAAAACCUUACAGAGGUGUGAAGCCAGUGUUCAGCAUCGGUGAUGAGGAAGAGUAUGAUACAGAUGAGAUUGACAGCUCGUCCAUGUCGGAUGAUGACAGGAAGGAGAUUGUAAACAUCCAGACGUGGAUCAACAAACCAGACGUGAAGCACCAUGUUCCCUGUAAUGAGGUCAAGGAAACCGGACACAUGUUCCCCAGUCACCUGUUGAUCACAGCGACCCACAUGUACUGUCUGAGGGAGAUCGCGUCCAGGAAGGGUUUUGCCUAUAUCCAGUCCAGACAGGCCCUCAACAGCGUGGUCAAGAUCACCUCCAAGAAAAAACACCCAGAACUCAUCACCUUCAAGUUCGGCAACAGCAACACUGCUGGAAUAGAGAUCUCUGCUGUGGAAAGGUAUCUGAUCCCCAACGCGGGUGACGCCACCAAGGCCAUUAAACAGCAGAUCAUGAAGGUUCUGGAUGCCCUGGAGAGUUCCUAGAGACAGACAGGGAUACAUGAGAGCCCCCCCCCAGCUGGCCGGGAGGGGAGACGUCUGUCUGUCUGUCAGCUGAGGGCAGGGUGCUCUCUUUCUAUUGAUAUCUCUCUCCCUUUCUCUCUGUCCUCCUCCUCUUCCCAGCCAGGCGAGGACCUGGACAGAUCCUGUGUUGACUGUUAACCCUCCCUGUCUGUUGGGCUGAGGGUGUCGUCUCUCUCCCUACCUGGUUGCUGAGGACCUGAGAGAAUGAUUGACUGACUGGUUGAGUCCCAAACGGCACCCUAUUCAAUAUAUAGUCCUAUCGGGCUUGGUAAAAAGUAGUGCACUAUAUAGGGAAUAAGGCUCUGGUCUAAAGUAGUGCACUAUAUAGGGAAUAGGGUCCUGUCUGGGAGGCAUCCUGAGACUGUUGCUCCCUAUUCACCACCCUGGUCUCAUCCUGUCUGAUAUAUGGGUUACACCCUCCAUUACCCUGGUCUCAUCCUGUCUGAUAUAUGGGUUACACCCUCCAUUACCCUGGUCUCAUCCUGUCUGACAUAUAUGGGUUACACCCUCCAUUACCCUGGUCUCCUCAUCCUGUCUGACGUAUGGGUUACACCCUCCAUUACCCUGGUCUCAUCCUGUCUGAUAUAUGGUUUACACCCUCCAUUACCCUGGUCUCAUCCUGUCUGACAUAUGUGGGUUACACCCUCCAUUACCCUGGUCUCAUCCUGUCUGAUAUAUGGGUUACACCCUCCAUUACCCUGGUCUCAUCCUGUCUGACAUAUGUGGGUUACACUCUCCAUUACCCUGGUCUCAUCCUGUCUGAUAUAUGUGGGUUACACCCUCCAUUACCCUGGUCCCAUCCUGUCUGAUAUAUGUGGGUUACACCCUCCAUUACCCUGGUCCCAUCCUGUCUGAUAUAUGUGGGUUACACCCUCCAUUACCCUGGUCUCAUCCUGUCUGAUAUAUGGGUUACACCCUCCAUUACCCUGGUCUCAUCCUGUCUGAUAUAUGUGGGUUACACCCUCCAUUACCCUGGUCUCAUCCUGUCUGACAUAUGUGGGUUACACCCUCCAUUACCCUGGUCUCAUCCUGUCUGACAUAUGUGGGUUACACCCUCCAUUACCCUGGUCUCAUCCUGUCUGAUAUAUGUGGGUUACACCCUCCAUUACCCUGGUCUCAUCCUGUCUGAUAUAUGGGUUACACCCUCCAUUACCCUGGUCUCAUCCUGUCUGACAUAUGUGGGUUACACCCUCCAUUACCCUGGUCUCAUCCUGUCUGACAUAUGGGUUACACCCUCCAUUACCCUGGUCUCAUCCUGUCUGAUAUAUGGGUUACACCCUCCAUUACCCUGGUCUCAUCCUGUCUGAUAUAUGGGUUACACCCUCCAUUACCCUGGUCUCAUGCUGUCUGAUAUGUGGGUUACACCCUCCAUUACCCUGGUCUCAUCCUGUCUGAUAUAUGGGUUACACCCUCCAUUACCCUGGUCUCAUCCUGUCUGAUAUAUGGGUUACACCCUCCAUUACCCUGGUCUCAUCCUGUCUGACAUAUGGGUUACACCCUCCAUUACCCUGGUCUCAUCCUGUCUGACAUAUGUGGGUUACACCCUCCAUUACCCUGGUCUCAUCCUGUCUGACAUAUGUGGGUUACACCCUCCAUUACCCUGGUCUCAUCCUGUCUGACAUAUGUGGGUUACACCCUCCAUUACCCUGGUCUCAUCCUGUCUGACAUAUGAGUUACACCCUCCAUUACCCUGGUCUCAUCCUGUCUGACAUAUGAGUUACACCCUCCAUUACCCUGGUCUCAUCCUGUCUGAUAUAUGGGUUACACCCUCCAUUACCCUGGUCUCAUCCUGUCUGAUAUAUGGGUUACACCCUCCAUUACCCUGGUCUCAUCCUGUCUGAUAUAUGGGUUACACCCUCCAUUACCCUGG